AUGUCGAAAAGAAAAGUGCUUUUGAUGGGUAAGAGUGGCUCGGGUAAGACAUCGAUGCGCUCGAUAAUAUUCGCGAAUUAUAUCGCUCGUGACACCAGUCGUUUGGGACCGACAAUGGAAGUGGAACAUGCACAUGUCAGGUUUUUGGGAAAUUUGGUGCUUCAUCUGUGGGAUUGUGGUGGACAGGAGGCGUUCAUGGAGAAUUAUUUAGCAUCACAAAAAGAUCAAAUCUUCAAAAAUGUUCAGGUGCUAAUCUACGUAUUCGACGUGGAAAGUCGUGAGUUGGAAAAAGACUAUCGCUACUAUCAGUCUUGUUUGGAAGCGUUACUUCACAAUUCACCAAAUGCGAAAGUUUUUUGCCUCAUUCAUAAAAUGGAUCUUGUCUCGGAGGAACAUCGAGAUCAAGUGAGUAGUGCCAGCAGUAAAUUUCUAUCUUUAAUUCUCCUUUUUUUCUCAGUAUAUUUUCAACGUGACAUAUUAGCGCGUUCACAAAUUGAAGCCGAUAAAUUCAAUCGAACAAACGCUGUAUGCCAAUGCUUCCGUUCGUCAAUUUGGGAUGAAACGUUAUACAAGGUAAUGUUAUUCGAAAAGGCAACGUUUUUAGUGAUAGCACAGGCGCAAAUCACUCAACAUCGUGAUGUGCAUCGUUUUGAGAAAGUUUCAAAUAUUAUCAAACAAUUCAAACUUUCAUGCAGCAAGCUCGGUUCACAGUUCGAGUGUAUGUAUGUGCGUAACAGCAAAUUCGCGGCUUUCAUCGAUAGU